AUGGCCUUUGACGACGAGCGAUGCCGCGUCAACGAGGAAGACGAGGAUGACGUACGCGACGAGCGUGACUUGCUGUGCGAGCAGGAGAAGCCCCAGUUGCAGCCGCAGCCUUUGAACUUGACGGCGAGGGAAGAUUCUCGGGUUUCCCUGAUCCGGCAGGGCAUUUGGAGUUGUGUUGAGGUGACUGCCUCUACGAUAGAUGUUGUGUUGGUGUUCGGAAUGAGACUGAGGCGUGAGGUCGUAGUUAUAUGGCCGGCUGUUCAAAUUUUCGGCCGUCGUCGUCUUUGUUGCUCCAUUACAAUGGCCUUUGGGGAGCAAGUCACGACAAACAGCAUGGUGUGGCAGCCAUCUUCCUACGCAAUAGCACAAUGCCUCUUUAUCGACGGCACAGGUUCUAAAGGUUUGUGA